CCCGCCCCGGGAAAGGCCGGAAGUGAGAGGCCGGAAGUGAGGAGCCGGAAGUGGGGCAGGACCUGGGCGCUCGGACCUGGGCGUUCGGGUCUGGUUGGAGGAGGCGGAUCAGCUUGGUGACUGGGGAUUGUGUUUGGGAGGGAAAAAGCUUGAACGCUGGCUGGCGGCUGGACCUUUCCCUCAGGAAAUCAAUACCUUGUCAAGAUGGAGGUUAAUUAUUUGUAUUUGGUAGCAGCAGAACUGGGGACCAAAUACCUCUCAAGAGUUUUAUAAACCAAUCAUAUAAACUCCUAUUCGAUUGCUCUCAUCCCCCAUCUCACCUUCAAAUUUAUCUUACCUAUGGCAUUCAGGAGGCAAGUGAAAAACUUCGUGAAAAAUUACUCAGAUGCCGAAAUAAAAGUCAGGGAAGCAACUUCUAAUGACCCUUGGGGUCCUUCUAGUUCUCUGAUGUUAGAUAUCAGUGAUCUGACUUUCAACACAAUUUCUCUCUCAGAGAUUAUGAAUAUGCUAUGGCAGAGACUCAGUGACCAUGGGAAGAACUGGCGCCAUGUGUAUAAAUCCCUUACCCUAAUGGAUUAUCUCAUCAAGAAUGGAUCAAAGAAAGUUAUUCAGCAUUGCAGAGAGGGGUUCCCUAACCUUCAAUCACUAAAAGAUUUCCAACACAUAGAUGAAGCUGGAAAAGAUCAAGGUUAUUAUAUCCGGGAAAAGUCUAAGCAAGUCAUAACACUGCUGAUGGAUGAACAACUGCUGCAUAGAGAGAGGGAAGUAGCAUGUCGGACUAGACGGCGUACCUCCUACUCCAUGACGUUACCUAAAAGAUUACCUGGUACAGGUAACUCACCAACAGCGUGUGCUUGCCCUACACCAGAAAUUCCUGCAUCAGAGAAGAAGUGUAAACUUCUUAACGUUGCAAGGCUGCGUAACAAAAAAACCACUUCCAAGACAAGAUUGAAACAAGAGCAUUGUCACGACAUUCAGUUGCCAAGUGAAACUGUGUUGUCUCAGGAAAUGCUGCCACUCAAGAUUAAUGCUUGGAAAUCAACAGAGGACCUGAUGUUAUUUUGUGAGGAUGAUCCAAAGCCAGUUUUGCCAACAAUUCCGGCUAUUACCUCAUCAACUGCAUGGUUGUCAGAAGGGCAAACAGACGGUUGUAACCUCUGGGAUGCAGAUGUUGUGCCUGUUCCCUCAGAAAAAAGCCCAUCUCUGCAAACAAAUGUGAGUUUGGACAAGAAAUCAGACAGCACCAUUACAAAUGCUGUCAUAGAAAACCCUUUGCAAACGCCUCUAGAAAAGCAGUCUGCUGCAAAAAGUUUUGAAACAUUGACGGCUUUACCAGCAUCUCGGUCACUGAGUAAAGAAGACUUCAUUAGCUCUCAUUUAAGGAUAUCAAAGUCAGAUUCUACUUUCUAUAACCAGGGCUCUGUGGAGACACUUGUCUCUCCCUCAUUCAAAACAUUUGACCCCGUGAAAGAGACAGCAGUCAGUAAGGACCCUCGGAGACCAGCACAGUCCAGCGUGGCUCAGCUAGAUGAUGAAAACCUCAAGACCUUAACCACACUGGUUUCAACCGCCUCUGAGGGAACCGCCUCCUUUUCUACUUUAUCGGUGUCAUCUCCUGAUUCAGCCUCUCCAGAAAAGUCUGUUCAUCCCUUACCCCCAGUUUCGGUCAGAUCUUCCUUCUGGACUCUGUUCCAUCAGCAGUCUUCUUCAGCCUCUGUUAAAGAAAAGACGGCCAGGGUCCAGCACCCUUUUGCGCCUAGGGGCCCACUGUCCUCUGAUGAAGAAGAAACUGACAACAUCGACCUCCUGGAGAUUCUUCCAGACAACUCUGAUUCUGCCAAAAAGCAGACAAGUCUUCUUUCUAGGAGUAAUUGGGUAGAGUUUUCCACCCAAAAUGUAGACCCUUUCACCUCUCUGUCCUGUUCUAGUUUUCAGGCAACCCAAGACCUGCCUAGGGAGCCUGAAGCAAAUAAUUCCACUAACGUUCUUCUGGGGGAGGUAAAAAACGCCAUAGUCAAAUUACACGAAGAUCUGAGCAUGGUGAUACGAGAGCUUAACGUCAUCAAUAGCCGUCUGGUAAGCAUGAGUGGGACUAGCCCACAAGUAAGCAAGUCUUUGCAACUUCCCCAGGAUUCUGAGGGGGGAUCAGAGCAAGUCUAACAUCUCAGGAGUCAUUUUUGACAGAGCUGAAUGUGGCAUCAUUUCCCAAAGCCUACGAGGUUAACCUUUUUUAGGUCACCAUGGCAAAGCAGGGUGAAGGUUUGUUUUUUCCCUGUCAGGUUUAUUAAACAAGUGUAUUUCAAACCAAUAACUUCAUCUGGAUGGUUAAUUUUUUAAAAGAGAAAAGGAAUCACCUUGAUAAUAUUUUCAGAUCUAGAUAUCAGUUCAUUUGAAACUGAGGAGAAUUCCACUCUUCCAGGCUCUGUGCUUUACCUCAAAAUACAUUAAGCAUUUCAGAAAGUCGUGGUAAGACUUCACACUGUAAAUGACUGUUCUAGAGCUUUUUGGAUAAAUUGGCUGUAGGAAGCCCUUUGUUUUCCAUCUGUGUGGAGCUUAAUUGUUAACAAGCCUUUGCCUUGACUUAGGAAAACUGAGUCUGGGGUGUACAUGUCACAGGUUGUCAUGUCAAGUUUCAGGUUCUGCACACCAAGGGCCAGAAAUCUUUCCCUUCCUGCAGAUGCCACAGUUGGUUGGGAGUUAAGCUGUGACAAGUAAGACAUGCAACAAGUAGGACACAUGGUUUUUGAUUUGUUGUUGUUAAA